GGCAACGUAUAUCACAUCCGGGUGGCUUAGUUUUCAAUCGCAAUCCGCUGCUCCGUCCGCGGUCUCGACCGGGGGGUGUCUGCAGAAAGUCCCCAAAUCCCGACCUUUGUCGGGGUCUUACCGGGGGUUGGAGGUGCAUUCCAGUACGGCUGCACAUGCGACGCAAUCCGCUGAUGGUGCACAGCACCGGGCGCUCCCCCUCGGUGCGACAUUUUCGUACUGAGGUAGCAUUUGUCGCUACAUUGGCUAACAACAUCGAUCUGACGUACUCCACCCCCUCUCCAGCCGUCAUCUACCGAUCGUGAAGAGGGUUGAUCUGUCAAUCGAAAACCGGGGUUGAUAACGUUGCCUGACUCCCGAUGGAUUCUUUUUUUGUAUUUCAGCGUCCACUUGAAAAAUACUCGGUAACGUAGCCAGCCCUUUUAUUAAGCAUUCAGGCCCAUAGAGAGUGGGUGGGGGUUUAACCAAUGGCAUCUGGAUUAAUCGUACAUCCCUGAAACUACUGAACUGUGCCCUUUUCGGGGUUCAUUUUAAUCCCAUUGUUGUAAUCCCAUUGUUGUAAUACAUAGAAACAAGGCACGUUUCCCGCAUUCUACCUCAAUACCCCCUAACGUCUACCUGUCCAUAUGAAACCCCCAGUUAGAUACACCAUCAGCCUUCUAUAAUCAGUCAGCUUAUGGUUCGGAACCUUUCUGGUUCCGUUUGCCUCUUGACAAUCCGAAAAAGCGCCAGUGAUCCACGGCACCCUUUUUGCAGCCUUCAUACAGGCUUCUCCUAUAGUACCAUCCCAUUCUGGCCUUCCUCCUUCUGUAUAGUCGUGUGAGGCAAAUAAAUCUGUUCGACCUGCCACAAACGAGCAAAGCAUUGGUUAUCUAUACGGUGAUAGGCUUGUUGUUUAUUCCCCUAUACUGGGGGAAUUCUCGGUGGCAUCCCUACCUCCCGAGUCACCGUCCUGUCACAGCGAGCUAAGCUCAAUAAUCUGAUCAUGCCGGGUCCAGCAGCUGGCAGUAAGUCCCGUGUUUACGCAGAUGUUAACACACUAAAGAGCCGGGAAUACUGGGACUAUGAAGCUCACGUGCCAAGUUGGAGCAACCAGGAAGACUACCAGCUGGUGAGGAAACUGGGCCGAGGGAAAUACAGUGAGGUGUUUGAGGCAAUCAACAUCACUAACAACGAAAAGGUGGUUGUCAAGAUCCUCAAGCCCGUGAAGAAGAAGAAGAUUAAGCGGGAGAUAAAGAUCCUGGAGAACCUGCGAGGGGGGACCAACAUCAUCCGCCUGGUGGACACGGUCAAGGACCCUGUGUCCCGAACUCCGGCUCUCGUCUUCGAGUGCAUCAAUAACACAGAUUUCAAGGAAUUGUACCAGAAGUUGACAGAUUUUGAUAUUCGUUUCUACAUGUAUGAACUGCUGAAGGCACUGGACUGCUGCCACAGUAUGGGUAUAAUGCACCGAGACGUUAAGCCACACAAUGUCAUGAUCGACCACCAAAUGAGAAAGCUGCGCCUUAUAGACUGGGGUUUGGCUGAGUUCUAUCACCCAGCUCAGGAGUACAACGUCCGGGUGGCGUCGAGGUAUUUCAAAGGCCCAGAGCUGUUGGUGGACUACCAGAUGUAUGACUACAGCCUUGAUAUGUGGAGCUUGGGGUGUAUGCUGGCCAGUAUGAUCUUUCAGAAGGAACCCUUCUUCCAUGGACAAGACAACUACGACCAGCUGGUGCGUAUCGCCAAAGUCCUGGGCACAGACGAGCUGUUCAGCUACCUGCGGAAGUACCACAUCGAACUGGACCCGCGUUUCAAAGACCUGCUCGGACAACAGAACAAGAAGCACUGGCAGCAGUUUGUGCAGACGGAGAACCAGCACCUGGUGAGUCCCGAGGCGCUGGACCUGCUGGACAAGCUGCUGCGCUACGACCACCAGCAGCGGCUGACCGCCACCGAGGCCAUGGACCACCCCUACUUCUACCCCGUGGUGAAGGAGCGGUCUCUGUCCAACUCUGACAACAAUAUUGUUUCCACUGGCAAUACUACAGCCCGAUGAAACACAGGAAAAGGAGUUAUGAUUACCUGCUCUUUGUACCUGGCUGUGACGGUAACAUUUGACCAGUGUACAGUGGAGGAGGUUCAAAGUUAUGCUGACGAAAUACACACACACACACACACACAUACACAUACACACACACACACACACACACACACACACACACACACACACACACACACACACACACACACACACACACACACACACACACACACACCCCUUCUACUCUAUCGGUUUGUGAUUGGUUUGUCCUGGUCCCCAUAUUGAGUAGCCUCACCAAUAAGCUUGAAGCUAUCUCUCUGCCCCGGCCCCUUCUUUCCCACUGUGGUGAAGUGAUGACCAAGCAGAUGGACCCCCCCCCAGGAGAACGCCCCCCUCCCCUUCUCCCCUGUGCCUGUACUGGACUGAAUCAGCAUGGAAAAUGAAAUGGAGUGUCACUCUAGCUUGCAGACCGACGUUUCCCUCGCCCACCCCUCUCUCUCUCUCUUUCUCUCUCUCUCUUUACUCUCCUCUCUCCCCGUCCAGAAUCCGUAGCUUGUCUGUCUGUCCUGUCCUGUCCUGUGUGCAGCCACCCGGAAAACAGGCAGACACACAGACGGGCCUCCUAAAAACAAUACUCCAGUUCUGAAAGUGGCAUGGUGGAGUCUAGAUGGAAUGAAAACGAUGACAUUAUUAUUAUUAUUAUAAUUAUAAUUAUUAUUAAUGGACAAAAUAAAAGAUUUUUAUUUGAAAGAA